UGGCCAGUUAAUUAAUUUUAUGAGCGAGCGAGCGAGCUUCCAGCUCAGAGUCGUUUGAGCCGCGUUGCCAUUUAGACGUCGUUUUCAAUCGUCGCGCGCGUCUUUUCGCAUUUCAUUCAUUCUUACUGUCUGUAAACUCAUCAGUCGUGUUUCGUCGCCAUUUCGCCCGCUUCGCCUCCUCGCCGCGUCCUGCCCAAAUACCACCACCAAAAAGCCGCACAACUAAAUUAAAGCAAAAGCUGCCUUUGUGAACAAGUCACAAGUGUGUGUGUUUGUGGGUCGCUUGCAAAAUACAUCUAUAAAGUGAAACAAGAAAUCUCUUUUUUGGCCAACUGACAUUGCCAAUUUUUUUUAUUAUUUUUUGGCAAGUAAACAGGGUGCGCAUUAUAAGCAAUUGUUGUGCUCGAACGGAACAAGAUGGGCAAAGCGGAGUGUAUUAGCUACGAUGACAAUCAAUUGCCGUACAUCGAUCUCGGCUCAGCGGUGAUCCGCAUGGACAAAGAGCAGGCGCCAGAGUGGGCACUGAAGAAGGCACAAGAUGAGCUGCGCGAAGUCGAAGGCAUCAAGGAGCAGGCCAUCAAGGAGCUGCGCGAACUCAUACAGAAUGAGAAGCAAUUGAACUUGCCACUCGACGACGAGUACAUGAUGAUGUUCCUGCGUCCUUGCCAUUACUAUCCAGACAGUGCGCUGAAGCGACUAAAGAACUUUUACAACAUGAAGCUAAAGUACGGACAGGCCUGUGAGAAUAUUGUGCCCGAUAAGUUGCGCAACGUGUUCGAGGCCGACAUACUUAACCUCUUGCCUAGCAGGGAUCAACAUGGACGUCGAUUGCUUGUGCUCGAGGCAGGCAAGAAAUGGAAGCCAUCGAAGGUUCCGUUGGUGGAUCUAUUCCGGGGCAUUCAACUUACCGUGCUGGGCUCCAUGGUGGAACCGUACUCACAGAUCUGUGGUGCAGUUGUCAUCAUUGAUAUGGAAGGUCUGCCUUUAAGCCACAUUACACAGUUUACACCAUCGUUUGCUGCCAUGCUGCUCGACUACAUACAGGAAUGCAUCUGUAUGCGUCUGAAGGGUGUUCACAUUGUGAAUAACUCGUACAUUUUCAACAUGCUAUUCGCCAUAUUCAAGCCUUUCAUUCGCGAGAAGCUGCGCAAGCGUAUCUUCUUCCAUGGCAAGGACUGGAAAUCCUUGACCUCACACAUUGAUGCAAGUGCCCUGCCACCCAAAUACGGAGGCACUGCCACUUGGGAGCUGCCACCCGGCAAGUUGCUUGGCGAAUUCUUCGAAUGCUAUUUGAAGGAUUACCAACAGGCCGAUAGUUAUGGUUAUCCCGCGGGCUACAAAAUGAAGAAGUAAUUGGAUGACUCUACUCCAUUCCCCAUAUCUCAUAUUUGUUUCGUAUUUUAACAUGAUAAGUUGGGUCAUUUGUGAUAUUGCAAAAAAAAUUGGUUUUAUACCAUUUUAAUAUUUAGUUAUUUGCUCUUCUAUUGUUUAAAGUUAAAGCUACACGUACAGACAAACAACAAAAUGUAACAAAUAAGCAAAGACUUUAAUAGGGUUUUCAUAAGGUAAUGUGUAUAUUGUAAUAUUGUAUUUUAAGUACUCGACGUAGCUGUGUAUUGUUUAUUGCACAGAUUGUUGAUAAUGAAUGCAAUAAAAAUGCCUAGUUUGUUA